AUUGCGAGUAGCGAGUUAGGUCGCGGUUCUUUGCACCGUCAAGUCCGCACCGUCUUCAUAAGUAUCGCUCCAAGUUGGCAGGCAAAGUUUGUGCGGCGUGGUGCGCGUGCCACCCUCCGCCCACAUCGAUCGAAGUGGCGGCGCGCGCACCACCCCUCUGCAAAUAUAUAUCGCGGAACGCACGAGAAACCCUCACAACGCAAGAGGACGCGCGCGAUCGCCUGUAACGCCGCUCGCCAGGGGCGCCGCUCUUUCUCUUUUCUCUCUUUUUCUCUGUUCGUCUGUUUCUCGCUGAUGCGGUCGCGCUGAGGCCGAUGCGGGCGCCGCCAUGCCGCGCUGCCUCAUGGCCAAGAAGUGGAAGGCGGCUCAGGCAACCGAGCUGGCCGACGAGUCCGACGAGGAGAUCGACGUGGUCGGCGAGGGGCGCGGCCGGAGCCCCGCGCCCGCCGCCACCGCGCCGGGGCCCUCACCUCGCGAUCCCGAGCCAACUCUCCUCUACAAUGGCUACACCGAGGAGCAGCCUUCCACGCAAUUCACCGCACAACUGCCGAACGAGGUGAGCCCGGCUCCAUCCGGCCCCUCUCAGCCGGCGCCUCAGCCUCUGUCCUACGCACUUCUGCACCUCUCCGCCUCCGACUCGACAGAACAGCCUUUUCUCCAAGUACAGCUCCAAUCUUCGCCUGUCUCCCCUCCUCCGCCACCGGCGAGCGGCAAAUCUAACUCCAUGUGCUACUCCAGCUCGGGCACCCUUCUGUCUCUACCGCCCAAGAAGAAAGACAUCUAUCGCCCCUACUGUCUCGGCGACCGCGCGUACCUCCAUCGGGCCGAAGAGGAUCUCAAUGCGGCUCACGCAAUUCUCGACUUAAGCCAACAUGCAGUUUUCCUGACUACACCGCCACGCACCGACCCUGCACCCCCGGAACCACCACCACCUCCACCCGAACCUCCCCAGGAGCAGACAACAGAGCGUCCAAGAGAAACAGUCGCUUACACAUAUGACGCCUUUUUUGUUAGCGAUGGUCGUUCGAAGCGCAAAAGUUAUGCAAACGCCCCCGUUGAGAGCGCCCAACAGCCUGAACCAAAAUCGAAGUAUACGUGUAGUGAGUGCGGUAAACGAUAUGCAACCUCUUCAAACCUUUCACGGCACAAACAAACUCAUCGUAGCCUCGAUUCCGUCGCCGCAAAGCGUUGUGGAGAAUGCGGUAAGGCUUACGUAUCGAUGCCAGCGCUUGCCAUGCACGUGCUCACGCACCAGCUCUCACACGUGUGUGGCGUUUGCGGUAAGUUGUUCUCUCGGCCUUGGUUGCUACAAGGUCACCUCCGCUCUCACACUGGCGAAAAACCAUAUGGAUGCGCACACUGUGGAAAAGCAUUCGCUGAUCGGUCUAACUUGCGCGCGCACAUGCAGACGCACUCCGCUGAUAAAAACUUCGAAUGCCUACGUUGUCAUAAGACUUUCGCCCUGAAGAGCUACCUCAAUAAACACCAAGAAUCGGCGUGUGUGCGCGACGACGAUUCACCACCAUCACCAGAAACCCCUGCCUCCGCAUCCGGUUAAACGCGCAACAGAACCGAAAGCAACCAGGGACCGUAAUCACUGUUGUAAGAUUUACAUAUAAACGUAAAGUAUUAUUAUGAAUUUAGUUUACUAGCAUAAUUAAUAUAAAUAUACAAAUUCUAAAAUAGGUAGACGCGCACGACUUGUAGCGGAGAAAAAUAUCUGCUGAUCAUGUCGUGCCGCAAUCGAGCAACGUUUCGCAAACAACGAAUCACGUACGACCCCGUAGCGCCGCAGACGCGGUAAUAGGCCGUAGCGAUAAACGUCCUAAUAACGUUAAACAUUGAAUUAUGUAUAUACAUGUCGAUAAAAUAUACCCUUAUAUACAUAGAAGUAAUGAAAUACGAAUGAAACUAAUAUCUUUUGUAGGUGAUUUUUACAAACCGCGAAGUAGGUUAGAGUAUUAGGGUGUAAGUUAAAAUGGAGUCGCGAGAGCCAAGCGCCGAGUUCGUCAGUGGACGAAGGCGGAGCGCCCGUGCGCGCCGCGUCGUCCGUCUCGGUGAGGAACUUGCCAAAACUUUCCGUCCGAAGCUCCGCACAAUCCGUCGCGCAGCCAGGGCCGCCCGCCGCCGCCCGCGACAGUGCCUUAGCGGCGACCACGCGCCCGACGCGCCGCACCGUCCCACACCCGCGCCCACUUUACCCCCUUAUCCUUUAGCACGCAAUCCCCCUCACGUGCGAU